AUGGCACAACUGGACGCUGGUUUCAAACUUUUGAAUCUGGUGAUAUUAUCGGGAGUGGUCAUUGUAAUUGGACAUCAAUGUCAUCCACUCCAACAAACUAUGUAUGCCGCGGAAAAUCGCGCAUUGCAAGGGUUUGCAUAUGCAACCAAAACUCUGCGAUCUCGUGUUAUCUGCGGACGGGAAUGCAGCAUGGAUGAACGUUGCAAGUCGUUCAACUUUAACGACUGCAAUGAAAUGUGCGAGUUGAACCUUGCCACAAGACGAGAGCAUCCCGAAGACUUCAAUGCAACUCAAGGGAGUGUGUACUUUGAUGCAGAUGAGGACACACCUCUCUACUCACUGACUGAUAGCUCCUUGAAUCGCUUCGCAAGUUGCAAGAUGCUCUUAGAUGCCGGUUAUCGUUUAAGCGGUGUCUACACAAUCUACCCAGAGGGAGUCGGGAAUGGCGGUCUUCGUAUUUACUGUGACAUGGAAACUGACGGUGGAGGAUGGAUCGUGUUUCAGAGGCGACAAGAUGGCAGCGUGGACUUCUACCGUAAAUGGACCGAGUACCAGUCUGGCUUUGGUGAUCUGUCCGGUGAGUUCUGGUUGGGCAACGACAACUUGGUGUCUCUGACGUCUAAUGAUUCACAUGGAACAUGGGAGCUACGCGUUGAUUUAGAGGACUGGGAGGGCAACACGGCAUGGGCAAAGUACUCAGAUUUCCAAAUAUCCCCGGGUGAGUACAAUCUGAAUAUUGGCCAAUACGAUGCCAGCAGCACUGCCGGUGACUCUCUCGAGUAUCACAAGGGAAUCGCCUUCUCAACACAGGAUCAUGGAAAUGAUGAUCUAAUAAUAACUUGUGCUUUCAUCCACCUCGGAGCCUGGUGGUUUAAUCACUAUAAUAAUAAUAUUAAUAAUUGUGUGCACUCCAAUUUAAAUGGCCAAUAUUACCAAGAUGAGCAUGCAGCUGGUGAUAGGGGCGUACAUUGGCAAUACUGGAAAGGCUCUAACUAUUCUAUGAAAACCUGCCAGAUGAAAAUGCGUGCAAUGGGGCCAUAA